AGGAGCCACCAGUGCCUCACCAUCAUCGCCAGGGUAUCGUAGCCUCACACACACACACGACCGGCGAGCAACGGCGGUCUUCGACACCAUGCUGCUGAUGAUGAUGACGAUGAUGGCUCCGAAGAGGACCGUCGGCAAAGGAGGGCUGUUACUGUCUCUGGCAGUAUUGGCCGUCCUAUCGUGCGCAGUCAGGGCCGCUGAGAUACCGAAAAGGGUCGAGCGCCAAGUGCCCUCCGCUGUAGCGAAGACCUGCACUGAGGUAGGGGGAGAGUGUGUCCCUGGUAAGAAUGACAACUGCAAAAAAGUUCUGACUGGAUCCUGCCCCGACAAUGGUGACGUCUGUUGCAGAAAUGGAGGAAGAAAGAAAGACGGGGUUAAGCCCAAAGACGGACCAACGAAGAAGCCUGGAAAGCCGAGGAAUAAACCCCCGGGUGGAGCUGGAACAGGAGGAGGAGGAGGAAAGAAAGACAAGGUUAGGCCCAAACCCACUCCAACGAAUAAUCCUGGAAAGCCAUCGAAUAAUCCUGGAAAGCCAACGAAUAAUCCUGGAAAGCCAACGAAGAAGCCUGGAAGGUCGACGAAGCCACCUCAGGGAACAGCUGGAACAGGAGGAAGAGGAGGAGGAGGAGGAGGUAGAAAACCCGGAGGCGGGAAUCGGGGCGCAGCUGGAAAACGUAAUAAACCCGGAGGCGCGAAACCUCAUGAAGGCAACAAAAACCCGCGCCACAAAAAUGUCGGCAAGAAAACAAACAACAAGAACACGACGGCGACGGGGAAGAAGCACAUGAACAAAAACGCGACCGGAAAGAAGGGCAGGAAGGACGAAAGAGAGGGUAAGAAGACCGCCAACAAGAAGCAGAAAGGCGAAAAGGCAGGAAAGAGUGACGGGAACAACGCGGGCGGCGGCAAUAGGUCCAAACCUCGGGACAGGAAUAACAGAAAAAAUGGAACAAACGGGGGAAAGAACCCAGGAAAUAAGCCCCGAAGGCCACAGAAGAAUCCAUCUGGACCCAAUCAGAAGCAAGCUACUGGUUGUACACCGAGGAAAAAGUGCAAGGACAGCAACGGGUUCUGCUUCACCGCGGGAGAGACGUGCACCGGCAGGGUCAGGAAGAAGGGUUGCAAGGGCACCGGAUGCCAAUGCUGCGUACCAAAAAGUGGUGGUGGAAGUGGAGGAGGGGGAGGAGGAGGCGGAGCAACCGGCACUAACACCUGCAAAGCAAGGCCGAAAUGCAAGAGCAAGAACGGGUUCUGCAUCACCGCGGGAGAAGGAAAACCUUUGCAGCAGGGCAGGAAAGUUGAAAGCAAUGGUAAUUAA